UAUACAUUAAAUGCAUUUCAGUACAAUUACUUACGUAUGUGUUUAUGAAUACAAUACACAUUUCGAAAUGUUUCUACGCCCCUAGCAUUUACUACUAGACGUUUAUCCAAGAAAAAAACAGUUUAGUUUUGUGCCUUCCUUGAACCGUUAUCGUCUUCCAACACGGGAAGUGCAAAUUCUACGAAGAUGCUCGCCCCGGACGUAGGUUCCACCAACAAUGAUUUAAAUGAUAAAAGUCCAUUGGUCUCCCAGAGGAGCAAAAUCAUGGGACAUCUGUCUGGGCUCUUCGGCAGAAAUACCACCACCACCAACACCAAUGAUGGGGGAUACAUAGAAUUCGGUUCAAUGUCUGAACAAAGGACAGAAACAAGAACCUUGGGAACAUUUGCUGGGGUAUUCAGCCCAGUCUCACUUUCCAUGUUCUCAGCCUUGAUUUUUUUGCGAAUGGGCUACAUAGUUGGGAAUGCAGGACUGUUGGUUACUUUGCUUCAGUUUGUGAUAGCUUAUGCCAUUUUGGUGUUCACUGUGUCUUCAGUUUGUGCCAUCUCAACCAAUGGAGCUGUGGAGGGUGGAGGAGCUUAUUUUAUGAUAAGUAGGACUUUGGGACCUGAGUUUGGUGGAUCCAUUGGCACAUUGUUCUUUUUGGCAAAUAUUGCAAGCAGUGCUCUAUGUAUCUCAGGGUGCGUGGAAGGAUUAGUUGAAAAUAUUGGACCAUCAGGGUACUUGAUCAAGGGAGUUAUACCAGAUGGCAGAUGGUGGCAGUUCUUGUAUUGCUCAGGCGUUAACACCUUGAACUUGGUGGUGUGUCUGAUUGGAGCCAGUAUGUUCGCUAAAACGAGCGUUUUUAUCCUGACCAUAGUUUGCGCGUGCCUGGGCAUUACAUUUUUCAGUUUCUUUUAUCAAGGGCCUUUGGAAGUGGCGAUUCCCGAUGCAAACGAUUUGGUCGGAAAUAUAACUACGGCACAAUACACAGGCUUGAGCGGCUUAACGAUGAACGAUAACUUGUAUCCCAGUUACGGAAAAGACUACACCUCGCACGGAGAAAUGGUGUCGUUCGCUUCGGUCUUCGGAGUAUUAUUCUCUGGCGUCACUGGAAUCAUGGCUGGUGCUAAUAUGAGCGGCGAACUGAAGACUCCAGGGAAAUCCAUUUUGCAUGGUACUUUGUCCGCGGUGGCUUACACUUUGGUGAUUUACAUAGCAAUUUCGUUAUUGACGGCGGCGACUUGCAGCCGUUUCCUCUUGCAAAACGAUUACUUGUACUUGGCGGGAAUCAACGUGCUCACCGGAAACGUGGCACUCGGUUUGAUAACUGCCACAUGGUCAGCGGCGUUAAGUAACGUGAUUGGUGGAUCUCGAGUUCUGGAAGCGUUAGCCAAAGACCGAGUUUUCGGAUCGCUCUUGGACUUCGUAACCAAAGGUACGUGGAGGGGAAAUCCCGUGGCCGCCGUGAUUUGUUCCUGGCUUUUGGUGGAAUUCGUACUUCUCAUCGGAUCGUUGAAUUUGAUAGCGCAAUUGAAUUCCGUGCUGUUCCUAUUGAGUUACCUGGCGACUAACAUGGCUUGUUUAGGAUUGGAAUUGGCCAGUGCACCUAACUUCCGGCCUUCGUUCAAAUACUUCACCUGGCACACGGCUUUCAUCGGCUUAAUGGGAACGCUCAUCAUGAUGUUCGUGAUCAGUCCGAUAUACGCGUCCUGCAGCAUCCUGCUGUGCCUGAUCCUAAUCAUGUUCCUUCAUUUAUUCUCACCUUCCAAGGAAACUCAUUGGGGAAGCAUAAGUCAGGCAUUGAUCUUCCAUCAAGUGCGCAAAUAUCUGUUGCUUCUGGACUCCAGGAAGGAUCACGUGAAGUUUUGGAGGCCGCAGAUGCUGCUAUUAGUGAACAGUCCGAGAUCCGCGUGUCCUUUAAUCGAUUUCAUAAACGAUUUGAAGAAGAGCGGGCUUUACGUCCUGGGACACGUAAUCACCGGAGACGCGAAUAACGAAGUGGCGGAUCCUAGUUUGGAAUUAUUGCCGCAUUGGUUGAAUUUAGUGGAUCAUUUGAAGGUCAAAGCUUUCGUCGAAUUGACUGUCGCCAAGACCGUUCAGGAUGGUUUGCAGCACCUCAUGAGGCUUUCAGGCAUGGGAGCCAUGAAACCAAACACUGUCGUCCUUGGAUUCCUGGAUAAACAAGUACCACAAGACUUUUUAUUAAGCGUCGAAUCAUCUUAUCAGAGCAACAGUUUCACCGAAGACAUAUUCCCAUUGAAGGAUUUCAGUAAUUUGGGCGCAGUGGAAUAUGUGCACAUGAUGAGCGACGUUCUGCGAUUCAACAAAAAUCUGUGCGUUUGUCGCAACUUUUAUAAAUUGAACAAAGAUCACAACAAGAAGGAAAAAAAGUUUAUUGACGUGUGGCCCAUCAAUUUCUUGCAUCCAACUGAAGGAGACGCCUUCGAUACAACAUCCUUGUUCAUGAUGCAGCUGGCGUGCAUCAUAAACAUGGUACAGCAGUGGCGCAAGUUUACGCUGAGGAUCUGCGUUUGCGAUGAGACCAAGCACUCUCCGCUUUUGGUCAACACACCUGCACAGCAGAACCACGUCGACAAGAUCAAGGAACUUCUGAAAGAGUUGAGAAUCAGCGCAGAGAUAUAUCCGGUGAUUGGUUGGAAGGAUGUCUUCGAGUCACAAAACCAGGAGCCCGAGGAGUACUUGAGCAGAUGCAACGAGCUGAUCAGCGAGCAGUCGGCUUUCACCUCGCUCUCCUUCAUCUAUUUAUCCAACCCGCCGUUGGAGGAGAGUGCUGCAUCCGAUUUUCUCGAUGACCUUGGCACAAUCACCAACGAUCUUCCGCCCACGAUCCUCGUCCACGGCGUCAGCACCGUCAUAUCCAAUACUCUUUAAUAAUCAAUUUUAAAUCACUUUUAAUCCAUUAAUUAUAUUUUUAUUAGUAUUAUUUUAUCUAAGCGUUAGUUUGCUAUCAACAAAUUGAGGAGAAAAGAAAACUGUGAUUUACCAAAACCGAAUUGAGAUGUAUACAAACAAAUCAAAUCAUCUAUUUUAAACUAAAACAAUAUAAUAUUUUUAAAUUUAAGUUUUCAAU